GAAAGGAUUCAUAAUAACUUACCAUAUUAAUACCCUACCAACAUUUGCUUACCAUUGUGCAGUAGUUAACUUAGUUAAAUAGCAAGCUGAUUCUCUUUCAUCAGGCUCUAUUUUCUAUUUUCCUAUCAUGCAACAACAAGAAGAACAACAACAAUAAUAAUAAUAAUAAUACUCCGUAAUAACAAUAAGAAUUGUAUCCACGCCAGCAACGCGCAGUGUGUCAGGUUUUUCCGGCGCCGAAAUUCCCACGCGCCAAAACAAGUCGUGAAGUUGUGCAAUGCUAGUGAGAUAGUUAACUAAUCCCAAGCGCGCAUCCAUAGUUAACUAGCGGAGAUAGCCCAUUUCUCAACACGCGAUGGUGCCCGCACUUCUUUCUCCUGCAAUUGUGUGUCUUUCUCCCCUUGCACAUUUUUCAGGUUCAAUUGGUUAUAGAAGGCCCAUCGCAGUGUGUUUUCGACUUCUUUUCUUCCUCCAAUUUCCCUCGUUUCCCUCUCCGUCUGCGGAGUGUCAACUGAACUUUAAUAAUAUACCUCUGUUAUAGUCGAAAUCCCAUAUAGACCCUCCCCUCCCACAAACUCACGACUUGCCCUCCACGUCCGUAUUUCUUACCCGUAGCCUUCGCAGUCGAUUCGUUUAUAUCAUAUACACUCAUAAUGCCACCGUCGAGUCCCAUGAAAUCUGAAAGACGCGUUUUGGUUGAGAAAUCAACCAACGCGUCUCUAAUCCCUUCACAUUCUCAUACCACGAGCAAGUCGAGCAUAUCUUCGAUGUCUCCCUCAGUACUAGCGGGCCAGAAAAGGUCAAUUGACCAGGUGGACUCCGCUCAGAACAGAUCCAGCUCGACAAAGAGUUCAUUUAGCCAGGCCCGGCGGGAGGAGGAGUUCUACAUCUAUGAAGAGAAUAACACACAGUCUAGUACAGAAGCAGAUAAACAAAUCAUCUCCUCUUCCUUUCUUCAACCCGCACCCGCUUUUGAUGACAACAAGGGUCUCAAGAACACAUCCUCACAGCAGAGUGACACCAUGUCAUCUCUCCUCAAUCUCAGCUUUGAAUCUGGGAGCAACACGUCUUCGCCUAAUGCCCCCCUUUCCUCCUCAAAAAGUCCCACACAAACAACGACUGCGAAAGUAGCAGAAGCAGCACCAGCUUCGAUCGUGCCAACGGACCCUGCUAAGAGAAAAGCAUUCAUCCAACAGAAAGCAAACCUCCUCCGCAGCCGCGUCCAAGCAGCCAUGAAGAACAUCAAAGAGCCCAAACGUAAAGAGAUCGAUCGUCGACUGUCAGCGCUCGAGGAACAAGCCAACAGCCGUGAUCGUCCUUACCCCCCUCCUCCGCUGCGACCCCUCCCACGGCCAGCCAGCAAACACAGAUACGCAGGUGAUGGGGACGAAGACUUGACUCCAAGAGCCAAAAUGCCCAGACUCCUCCCUCCCCCCAUCUUGCAACCGACGAGCUACUCAGCUCGCUACGCGCCUAAUACUAUGCUGUUCUCACCCCCUGGUUCAACCGCGGGAGAAAACUUUCCUGGGAAGUCUGAGCUGGAGAGACAGAUGGAGAUAGAGAUGAACCGCUACGGGCACACUCACACACACGCACGCGGGUACAUGGAAAAUGAGUUGACCCCAACGCAGACCGGAGGCAUACGUGAUGUCAACAGCGGCAAAGCCACCAGCAGCGAUAACAACGGCAACGGAAAUGGGAACAACUACCCUGUAGAAAUCCCCACCUCGCCAAUGCAGCCCUGCAGCCCACCACACACUGGAAACUCGCCCAUUGUCAUCGAGCGAAACGCGAAAAUGUGCUCUGUGGACCAGAUGAUUGCCAAGGCCAAGAAGGGAGAAGCACUUGAUGGACUUCUGAAGCUGAUGAAGACUACUACUGAGUUCGAUAAUCUGGACGAGUGGACCGGGUGAUAAAAAUCAUAGCUUUUAGACCAAGGUUAGCUCAUUCAUCGAUCAUGAUGUUCAAAAUUUUUUGCAUGAAAAGAGGUGGUCGAGAAACGUUUUCUUUUUCUUUUCCCUUUAGUCCCUCGUUGAGUAGGAAUGGAUGUGGAUAUGUUUCUGGUUUUCGUUUCUAAUUCCCUAUGUGAUUUCUUUUUGUACUUCUUUUCUUUUCAUUCUUGUGUACGAUAUGACAGGCCACUGUUUAGGUGAGAAAUGGGCGGAGAUGGAGGGUUAGUUUGCAUGAAGUUGAAGAUUAUUAUGAGAUUCCCCACGCAGGAUUUUGAAUCUGAGGAGAAAUGUUUUUUGUUUUGUUUGCUGGAUACGUUGCGAAUUGGUCGGUUUGGGGGCAGAAUACCCGGAUAAAGGAUAAAGAAGAAGCAGAAUUUUCGUUUUCUAAGUAACUAGAAAGAGAAACGACUUUAAUAAUAUAUUUUGACAAUACCGA